GCAAAUUGUAAAUAAUCGGAUAUCUGGUAAAAAUCUUUCGACUUGGCAUUUUCGUAUGUAGAAUUAAUUAAUUAUAGAAUAAAAUUCUUUAUUUAUUUAAAAGUCGACGCCAUGUGUAAAGAUUGUUGCAUAUACUACAGGUACGUAUAGGGUGUCUCAAAAUAUAUAUGAAAUUAAAAUUACCAUGACAUUUAGCGUUUAAAUCACGAAAAAGUCAUAACGGUUAGCGACAGAUUCGAAAAUUUUUAGGAAAUGUUCAACGUUCUAAUCUCUUCUAAUCCCUUUAGAAAAUAAUUCUUUUUUAAUACGUAAUGAAUGAUGCUCGAUCGGCGUCAACCAGCCCGUUAUUGAAGAAGAAUUUCGAUGGGCACUACGAAGACAGCUUAUCGACGGAGAGCGGCAGUCAUUUGAGUUUAGAUUUCUGCUCCAAAGUGCUGGGAAAACCCUGUGCGCAUUACGGAAACCCCAACAAAAACAAAAACGAUAAAAAAUUGUUGGUCGACGUUCAAAAAGUCGUGACAGUGUACACUUUAAUAGAGGAAACUGCAAACCCGUUUGUUACAGAAAAAUCUCCACCUAACAAACCCGGUAAUUUGGAUCCUGCACGACGACCUAUGUCUAACAAUACAGAAAAUCACAAUCAAAUUCGCAAGAAAGAAAACAAUUUCCCGAGCGGCGUUUUAGAUCCAGAAAGGAGCAACAUUUCGAAAGAAGAUUCGUACCACUCCGUACGCAAAAACCACUCUGAAACCGCCAAGCAUGAUAAAAACCCAAACCCCUUAACGAAUCAACCAAAAUCCGGAUUAAUCGAGGAAAGCGUCCAGAGUUUCACCAAGCAAGCAUUCACCAGCCUCUCGACCACCAAAGAAGGAAAAACGCAAACCCGAGACUUCCCUUCCCUCGAAACCCACCCUACAAACUACAGACAAAAACGCCGGAGCUUCGCCGACGACAACUCCCAAACUCCGCACUCCUCGUCGGUGGACUACACGCGACGCUACGGCGUCGACUCCUACCCAGUCAAAGACGUUUCACCGGGAUUCGUCGACAAAACCCUGCAAACCUCCGACAACGGGCUGUUCGAAGACUGCAGCACGUUCCUCGCCAACGCCGGCGUCAAUACGAGCGACAGAACGAGACAACUAACCUGCAGCAAAGUGCAAACCACCAGCCCCUACAGCAUGUCGGACGAGGUGCUACAUCCCGACUUGUGCAAAUGCUGCCGAUAUCCUCGCCACAGAAGGCGCAGUCCGCCAGAGACCCCGCGUAGAUACUCCGAUCGGUACGAACCGGAGCCCAUCCAUUACGCCCGUUCGCCCAAAGCGAGGCCCAAAGACGCCUGCUUAGUCGCCGGCAGGAACCGAUGCGAUUGCUGUUGCUCCUGCCGUUGCCAGCCCAGGCGAUCGCCCAACAUCAAACGUUGCUCGUGCGACGACGAUCCGCGGUUGCCUAAGUAUCCGGCGUGCAGGUGCAGGGACGCUUCGAGAUAUCCGCCGCCCUACGACGGGCCGUCCGUGGUCGAGGAGGAUUGCGAGGACGAGCUGGAGCUGGUGGUCGAUCAAAGCGACGGCGACAGCUCGGAGGGAAGCGCCGGGUACUACGAGGAGCUGCCGUACCAGAACAACGAGGAGUUCGAGGAUUUGGUGCAGGAGCUGGAGGAUAGUUUGCAGGUGAGGAGCAAGAACCGGGUGCAAAGGACGUUGAGGCAAUUCGAGGAGCGCAGCAAGUUCAACAGGCCUUUGGAGAAGCCCAUCAUCGAUUACGACGAAGAGAGCGAAAGCGAGGAGCCGAUUAUGAGGAAGAUAUCGGAGUUGACGGAGAAGCGAAGGCAGAUGCACAAAAGUUUCCCUUGCAAAGGACGAGCUUGUUGUACUUACAAACAGUUAGACGAUAAGGAAUUGGGUGGUAAGUUUGCUCCGAAACCCGUUAGGAAAUACCAAGUGCAGCAGCAGCAUCAGCAAGUUCGUGCGAGUAGAAAAAUUCGAUCGAACAGGAGCCGUUGGAGGCAGGACAGCGAAACUGGCGAAUGGUACAAAGUGCCUGGGCGCGUAAACGAUUGCGGUACUUCGUACAAGAACGAACACGUUUGUAGUUGUACUUGUACGUGCGGCAGGUACGACUCGUAAUCGUUUACUCGAACUCAAAAGUUUGGAUUCAAAUUGAUGGUGAAAUCGCAGCGUUUUUAACUACCAAUCGUUUUAUUUCGAAAUUUAAAUGAGGUAUAAAGAGAGAUAAAUUAGCAUAUACAAAAAUAAAAACUGAUCAAAUACGCGUGAGUUUUGUUUCCUUCAUACCUAAUUGUCUUCGGGCUCCACCAGCUCUUUGUUUUCCUGAAAGGAUUCGAAGAGAGAGUUAAUAUUUGUUGAGAAUUAUUCGUCGAGGAUACUUACUUUUAUUCGUUUUCCGAACGCCGAGUAGAACGUUACCGUCGAUGUGGAUUUCAAGCCAGUAUUUUGGUUAAAUACUGUGCACUUGUUGUACGGGGGGCAAUACAAAUGGAGGCUGAUCGCUGUGUCGACAUUGGACGGAUUCUCCACCCUGUGAAGACCGAUGGAAUCUGAAAUCGAAUCGCUUAUUAACUUCUACUUGAAUAUAAAAAAUUCG